AUAAAUAGUAUCCGAGGUGAUGGGGGGUUACAAAGAACCAAAAAGUUAGUUGCAACCUUCAGGGGCAGACGCUCCAGAUCUCACCAUCCAGAGCAAUAUUAAAAGUGAAGAGACAAAGAGGAGACCACACAACACUCAAGAUGGCUGAAGCAAACCAGCUUAAGGAUGAAGGAAACGCUUAUUUCCAGUCAGGAGAGAUUGACAAAGCCAUUGAGAGCUACACACAAGCCAUCAAGCUGUGCAAGGACAAAAAAGUGUUGGCCAUCAUUUACAGGAACAGAUCAGCCUGUUACUUAAAAAAGGAAAAUUAUACUACUGCAGCAUCCGACGCAUCUAGAGCUAUUGAUGUUGAUGCAGCAGAUAUCAAAGCUCUAUAUCGGCGCUGCCAAGCCCUGGAGAAGCUUGGCAAGCUGGACAUGGCUUUCAAAGAUGUCCAGAGAUGUGCCACCAUAGAACCCAAAAACAAGACCUUCCUUGAUACUCUCCGCAGGCUGGGAGCAGAGAUUCAGGCUAAGCUGAAAACCACAUUCUCUACAGACUCAAGGGUGCAAAAUAUGUUUGACAUAUUAAUGGCUGAGGAGAUGGAGAAAGAUAAGAUUGAAAAGGCUGCAAACAACCUGAUUGUGUUGGCUAGGGAAGAUGCAGGAGCAGAAAGAAUCUUCCAGAACAAUGGAGUGCCUCUACUAAUGAAUAUGAUUGACUCAGGCAAACCAGCAAUGAUGCUGGCUUCGAUCCGUACCCUUUCAGGAAUGUGCACAGGGCACAAAGCUAGGACCAUGGCCAUCCUCCAGAUGAUCAGCAUUGAGAAGCUGUGCAGCGUCAUGGCAAUUGACAACGAAGAACUUGCCUUGGCAACGUGCAACCUCUUCCAGUGCAUCAAUGACUCCCUCACCUGCGGAGACAAGAGGAUAUAUGGAAAAGAAGAGGCCAUGGUUUUGGACUCGAACAAGGACCUGAUGACCAUUCUGUUGUCCCUGUUGGAAAUGGUUGCGAGUAAGAAGGUGUCUGGGCUCGGCAGAGACCAGGCCCUUAACCUGCUUACCAAGAACGUGCCACGAAAAAAUAAAAAAGAGAACGACCACACCAAAACGCUCUUCUUGAUUGACCACGGUUUGAAGAAGAUCCUGAAAGUGUGCGGACAGAUCCCCGACCUGCCAGACCAGCUGCCCAUGACGGACGACAGCCAGCUGAUCGCCAGCGUGCUCCUCACCAAGAUGUACGACGACCUCAAGUGUGACCCUGAGAGAGACAACUUCAGAGAUGUCUGUGACGAAUACAUCAAGGCCAAGUUUGACCCCAAGGACAUGGACAGAAACAUCCACGCCAUCAACGUCAUCUCAGGCCUGCUGCAGGGCCCGUUCGAGGUGGGCAACGCCAUGGUGGGUCGUCAGGGGGUGAUGGAGAUGAUGGUGGCCCUGUGCGCGUCGGAGCGCGAGGUGGACCAGCUGGUGGCCGUGGAGGCGUUGAUCCACGCCGCGUCCAAGUGCAGCCGCGCCUCCUUCAUCAUCACCAACGGCGUCUCGCUCCUCAAGGAGAUGUACAAGAAGACCAAGAACGAGAAGAUUAAGAUCCGUGCGCUGGUGGGUCUUUGCAAACUUGGUUCCGCGGGUGGUGACGAUUACAGUAUGAGGCAGUUUGCUGAAGGUUCGACAGAGAAGUUGGCCAAACAGUGCAGAAAGUGGCUGGUCAAUCCCCAGCUCGACACCAGGACAAGGAAGUGGGCCAUCGAAGGUUUGGCUUAUCUGACUAAUGACGCUGACGUAAAGGAUGACUUUGUGGAGGAUGAACCCGCCAUGAAAGCCAUGUUUGAACUGGCAAAGUCUAAGGAUAAGACUAUCCUGUAUGCAGUAGCCUGCACCCUGGUCAAUUGCACCAACAGCUAUGAGAAGAAGGAUAUCCUCCCUGAGCUCGUUCAGUUGGCAAAGUUCUCCAAACAGCACGUUCCAGAGCAGCAUCCCAAGGAUAAGAAAGACUUUAUUGAGAAGAGAAUAAAGAGGAUGCUGAAAGCAGGCGUCACCUCAGCUCUCACGGUCAUGGUCAAAGCUGACAGCUCCGUCCUCACGGACCAGACCAAAGAACUGCUCUCUCGGGUCUUCUUGGCUUUGUCCCAGGAUGUAAAAGACCGCGGUACCAUCGUAGCCCACGGUGGAGGGAAAGCACUGAUCCCCCUGGCCUUGGAAGGGACAAACCCUGGAAGGGUGAAGGCCUGCCACGCCCUUGCCAAGAUCGCCUCCGUCUCCAACCCUGAGAUCGCCUUCCCAGGUGAAAGGGUGUAUGAGGUGGUGCGGCCCUUGGUCAGUCUCCUGGCCACAGACAGAGAUGGAAUGGAGAACUAUGAAGCUCUGAAAGGCCUCACAAACCUAGCUGGUUUCAGUGAAAAACUGAGGGUGAAAAUUGUGAAGGAGAAAGCCCUGCCAGAGAUUGAGAACUACAUGUUUGAAGACCACGAGCAGAUCCGACGGGCUGCCACUGAAUGCAUGUGCAACUUGGUCUCAUGUAAAGAGGUCCAAGAACGUUACCUGCAGGAUGGCAAUGACAAGAUGAAGCUGUUGGUGCUGCUCUGUGGUGAAGACGACGACGUCCUCCAAAUAGCCGCAGCAGGAGCCUUGGCCAUGCUGACCGCAGCCAAGAAGAAGCUUUGCACCAAGAUGACAGUGGUGAGUACCCAGUGGCUGGAGAUCCUGCAGAGGUUGUGUUUGCACGACAACCCCCAGGUCCAGCACCGUGGGCUGGUGAUCGUCUUCAACAUGCUCAACUCGGACGACAGCGAGCUGGCCAAGAAGCUGCUGGAGUGCGAGAUUAUGGAGAUCCUCUCCGUGAUCGGCAAGGCGGAGGACAACCUCAAGAGGCAGGAUUCCAUCGAUGUAGCGCGCAUGUGCCUGGUGAAAGGCAUGGAUCUGGGCCUCAUCAAGCCCUUUACCUCUUGAGCGGCCCGCCGUGCCACACUUUGGGAAGAAUACAGCUGUGGAAAGUGUUUUUUUAUCUUUCGAUUUGGAGAUUUUCGUUUUUUUUUUUUUUUUUACAUCUGAAGGAUUAAAUAAUCCAAGAGGCUGGCUCCAAAUAUCUUAAAUUAUCUAAAUGAAAUGGUGAUUGGAGAUUUCGAAAGGGUCCAUGCGUAUAGUAAUUAUUACAAGCGAGGGGCUUUUUAUUUAUUUUGUAGGCAUGUGCAUGCCUUUAUUUGUGUUUCCCAAUUAGACUCCAAAUUGACUUGAUUAUUGAUAUGGGGUUUGAAGACUUUUCUAUUCAGCUUUUUUUGUUGACUUGUAUUAUGUAUUAAUGAUGAACUGAAUUAACUACAUUUCCAGCUAAAUUAUUCAUAUUUGAAUGUGUCACUCACUUUUUCCCUAAUCAAUCGACAAGUCAAUUAACAGACAUCCGUUGGUACAGUUCCCGAACCAUGGUAUUACCUAUAUCGUUCUUUUCAUUCGUUGUACUUUUUCCUUGUUUAAAGAUCAAAUGAAAAUAAAUCACUGUGGAAAAUGUUUUAUACCAAUACAAAAAAAUAGGAAAAUAAAAGAAAUGCACAAAAAA